UAUAUAUUGAGGGUGGUGGCUUUCCAUGCAAGACACACACAAAGAAUAUAAUUAUGGAGAAAUUGAAUUUGUAUGGUUUGAGCCAUCUCUUCAUGACUGUGUUUCUCCAUAACUUCUCCACAUUCAUGGUGCAUCCAGCUAUCACCGAUGUCACAAUGGCUGCACUUUGUCCUGGACAAGAUGAAUGCUCAAUUGCCAUCUACCUCACUGGUUUUCAACAAGCGAUAAUAGGAGUGGGAACACUUGUGAUGAUGCCACUCUUGGGUAAUCUCUCAGAUAAGUAUGGGAGGAAGGCCAUUCUCACGGUCCCUAUGAGCCUCAUGAUUAUCCCCUUAGGCAUAUUAGCUUACAGCAGGACGAAAACAUUCUUCUACAUCUACUACGUAUUUAAGAUACUCAUUAACAUGAUUUGCGAUGGUUGCGUUCCUUGCCUCGCUCUAGCUUACGUCGCAGAUAACGUUCCAGAAGGUAGACGAAGCUCUGCGUUUGGAAUUCUUUCAGGAAUAGGAUCUUCUGCAUUCGUCUGUGGGACCCUAGCAGCUCGUUUUCUAUCCACUGCUCAAACUUUUCAGGUUUCCACUUUUGUUGCGGUGAUCGGAGCAGUGUACAUGCAAAUUUUCCUUCGGGAUUCAGUCAUCGAUGGAAAUCAUCGCCUCUGUACACCAAUCAUUUCAGAGGGAGAGCCUUCAACUUCUAAAAUCAUUGCAAAAUCGAAAAGCAAUAUGCAAUUGUUGAAUGCGUUGCGUUCUUUGCAGGAUCUAACUUCAUUCCUUAAUAGUAGCUUGACUAUAACCCAAGCAGCAAUUGUUGCAUUCUUCAGCAACCUUGCAGAUGUUGGCCUUCAUGGUUCAAUGAUGUAUUACUUAAAGGCUCGGUUUCAUUUUGAUAAGAAUCAUUUUGCUGACUUAAUGGUCAUUUCUGGUAUUGCAGGGACUGUGUCACAGCUUCUUCUCAUGCCUAUUUUUGCCCCUACUUUGGGUGAGGCAAGGCUUCUUUCGAUUGGACUAUUUUUUCACUGUGUACAUAUGUUCCUUUACAGCAUAGCAUGGUCCUCCUGGGUCCCUUAUGCUGCUGCAAUGUUCUCAAUUUUGUUUGUUUUUUCUCAGCCAUGUAUACGAAGUAUUGUGUCUAAACAAGUUGAUCCCCAUGAGCAGGGAAGAGCUCAGGGUUGCAUCUCAGGCAUAUGUUCAAUUGCACAAAUUGUUUCUCCCUUGGUUUUCUCUCCAUUAACGGCUCUCUUUCUAUCUGAAAAAGCACCUUUUGACUUUCCUGGCUUCAGUAUAAUGUGUAUUGGAAUUGCUUCGAUGGUAUCUUUUAUUCAGAGUAUGAUGCUUAGAGUGGUUCCUCCCAUUUUGAGUUAGAUGAACAUACUUGAUUGGACCCCUAAUCUAAAAGAUAGUGAAUACUGAAUAUUGCUCAAAGUGGAGCCCUUCUUUCUCUAUGUAGGUGCUUUGUCCUGAGGAAGAAAGAUGUUGAAUAAGCAUAUUCCAAGAAGUAAAUAUUUGAUAACCUUUUCUAUUACGUACUAGUAGCAUCAUGUUUACUUGUAAUUUGUAUUGGCUUUUAGAUCCAACGACACACGAGUAAAUUUUGAUUUUUGCUGUCAUUCAUAUUUUGCUGUCUAAACAAUUUGGAGGCAGUUAUCAGAUGUGCAAGCCGUGUAUGUAUGUAAUUACUUAUAUGUUAAUGAAAUGCAUGGAAUACUAUAUAGUAUUAAUUAUUACUAGUU